AUGUGGAGUUGGGUUAAAGAUAAGAUUCAUAAUAAGUUGAAUAAGUGGCAUAACAGGUCUCUGUCUUUUGCGGGUAGAGUGCAAGUUUGUCAAAAGAUUCUCUCUUCUUACAAUAUUUACUAUGCUUCGGCUUGGAUGUUUAAUGAUUACCAAGUUAUGGAAAUUCAAAAAGCUAUCAGGAAGUAUCUCUGGUUGGAUGAGAAAGGAAAUAACAAGGCUCACUCUGUUAAAUGGAGUUGGUGUCAUGUGGAUAAACUCUUUGGAGGCUUGGGGCUUAAAGACCUAAGACUGAGUGGUCUUGCUUUGGCCUUCAAAUGGAUCUUUCAUGCCUUGGAGGGGGAUGACCCUUGGAGAGUUCUUAUUCAUAACAAUAUUGAAAGGGGUUAUCCUAAGAACGCUAAAUUUUGGAAAAAUCUCCCUCUUACUGAUCUUAUUUGUAGUGAAUUCCCUAUCAUUGUUCAAGGCUCAGCUGUGUUCAAGUCUAUUUGGAAAGCCUGGAACCAUGUUAGGCAAUUCAUUAAGAAUAAGGAUUUUUUUUAUGAUAAGACCCUCCAUGGUGAGAGGUCCAUUUGGUGGAACCUUAAGCUUGGCAAUAAGCCCCUUGCCCUUACCCAAGGCUAUUCUGCCAAAUGCUGGGCUAACCUUGGGAUCAAGCAGCUUAUUGAUAUUUUUGAAAAUGACAGGCUUAUUCAUUGGGAUGAGCUUAAAAGUAAAUUUAAUCUCUCAGAUUCUCAUAAGAGAACGUAUAAUAUGAUUGUCAGGGCCAGCAGGAGUAUUCCUAAUGUUUGCCAUGUUGAUUCUAAUAGUUAUCAGAAAAUCAAAUGGCCUGGUGGUAUUAUCAUUUCCAGGCUUAAAUCUAAAAACAUUUACUCCAUCAUUAACAACAAUAAUGACAUUAUCAAGCACAUUAAUGAUACUUGGUAUGUUAAUUUGGAUGUUCAUUCUUGGAAUAAGAUUUUUGACAAUCUCUGGAAAAGUUCUAUAGAUCCUAAAAUCAAAUUCUUUAAAUGGUUACUUAUUCUUAAUAAACUUCCUAUUAGGAAUUACUUCUCUGAGACUAACAUGUGCAGCAUUUGCAGAACCCUGGAAACGGGAAGACAUAUAUUCUUUGAGUGCUCUUUUGCUAAAGAGGUUUGGUUGAUGUUUGGUAUUUCUAUCCCUGCUUCCUUCAAUAUUCUUGAAGUUAUUACUAGCUUUAUUUUUAAUAUUAAAAAAGAUGUUAAUAUGUUCUGGGAUAUUCUCUCAGCUAACAUUUUGUGGCAAAUUUGGAAGUGCAAAAAAGAAGAAAGAUUUCAAAAUGUCCCCAGAUUGCUUACCGAGUCUUUUCAAAGUCUCACUUAUUUCAAAAAAAUUUCGCAGAUUCAAAUUACUAUGAUGGUUAACAAAGCUAAGUUCAAAAGGUUGCUUAGGGAUGGACAUGCUACGUUCUUUACUAACGAAGUUAAGAAUGGAUACUUCUGGAGGCUACACCUGGACAAUAUCCGCAAUUUCAACCUUACUUUUGAUCGCAUCUGCAAGGAAAUUAAAAGAAACCCUCAGUGUACUACUGGAGAGAUGUUAUACAUGCGGAAGCAAAUCCAAGAUCAAAAGAACUUGGUUUGGAUGGAAGGUGCUUUGGGGUGGACUGCGUGGGUGGACUCUUUUGAAGAUGUGCUAUAUUAG